AUGGUUGAAGAGAAUGAUCCUCAAGCUGGUGUCAGCGAGAUUGCCAAGAGAUUGAAGAGAGGUGGAAAGAAAGCAAUCAUCAUACAACAAGCCCAAGCCAAGAACAUAGCCAACAAAGGUGAAGCCAAUGAAGAACUAGGCUCUGACUCCAAUGAUGAUGAUGUUGGUGACCAAUACAACUUCUGCACUCUGGUGAAGCUCCUUGAACCAGUGCCCAAGUUGACCACCCAGAACUACCAUAGCUGGAGCACCAUUGACACCACAGGAGAAUACAAUGUCAAUUACAUUCUCCUUGACAUCAUCAAGGAAUACCUAACCUUCAGUCAAGUUUGGAAGAGAAUCGAAAAUGGCUUGGGUGGUGAAGCCAUGAGGAACUCCUGCCAACUCACCCUCAUCACUCAGCUGGGUGACAUCAAGAUGUUCAACUCUGAUGCUUGGAAACUCAUCCAGGAGAUCAGGACCAUCCAGGUGGAAAGCAGCAUCCUGGGAAGGCCAUUUGCAGAUGACACCCUAUUCUCCACCCUCCAGAAAUGCAUGAUCUGGCACCCCAUGUACAAAGACACCAUUGCCACAGUCCACCAUCUCAACUUUGAUGCCCUCACUAUUGCACUCAGUAUGUGCCAGUUGGCAAUUGAAAGCAUACCUGCACAGAAGUGGGACCCCCAGCAGGCCAAUGCUAGAAUUGCCAGUAGCACUGAGAAAGGUGAUCCAGCCAAAGAAAUGGAUGCUGACAAUACUAAGACAACAUGGAGCAAAAACUGCAAGAUCUGCUGCUAUGUGUGCAAGCACAUCGGACAUGGAGCUAAACAGUGUGAUGCUUCAGUCAGCAUCCCUGAGAACUCCCCCUUCACAGAGACUGAUUAG